UAGUUAAAUAAACAUCAACGAUUUCUUUUUGCAAAAUUUAUUAUUGUGAAAAUUAUUUUGUAAAUUCUAUUUCUUUCUAUUUAGCUGCUGGUUUCAAUCCAAGAAGUUAUGUUAUUAUAAUGAAGCGUUCAUCUGACAAUCAAACUUCUAUGUAUUCUUCGAAUGGGAAUUCACAAACUAUGGAUUACAACAACAAAAAAUUGAAAAUGGAGGUGAAUGUAAAUAAGCCGAGCCGUGUUGUACAUUUACGAGGAGUGCCGAAUGAUGUCAGUGACGUGGAAAUUGUUCAAUUGGCGCUGUCGUUUGGUAGGAUUUCUAAUCUAGUUGUGUCAAAGAAAAAAAAUCAGGCACUAGUGGAGAUGAUGGAUAUUGCUGCUGCCCAGGCAAUGGUGCAGUAUUACGGUGAACAUCCUCCAUCUAUAAGGAAAAGAGUUGUUCAUGUUCAGUUUUCCACCUAUGAAAAGUUGAAAACUGAGAAUACAAGAUUUCAAGAUGACAUGAGUAAUCUGACUGAUCAGCUGGUCUUGGGCAUGGAUGAGAACAGGACUGUGCUUAGAGUUAUCAUUGACAACAUGCUUUAUCCUGUAACUGUUGAUAUCCUUAAAUUGAUUUUUUCAAAGUAUGGUCAAGUUUUGAGAAUUGUGACGUACAAUAAAAACAACUCCUUUCAAGCGCUUAUUGAAUAUGCUGAUGGUAUUUCAGCCAAAUCAGGAUUAACAGCUUUAAAUGGUCAAAACAUCUACAACGGAUGUUGUACACUGAGGAUUGACUAUUCACAUUUGGAGACACUCCAAGUCAAAUACAACAAUGAAAAGACCUAUGACUACACGGAUCCCAAUUUGCCUUCUGGUCCCAUGGCUAGUGUUGGAGAGCAGAUGGGCAUAUUGGACACUCCACAUGGAGAUGGAAUAUUAGGAUCAUAUAGCGGAAACUUUGGAGGUUUGGGCGGCUCCCUUGGUGGCAUUGGGGGAAAUUUUUCAAAUAUUUCCAAACUUGGAGCCAUGCCUGCAGGACUGACUGGUUUUUCUGCCGGAGGAUUGGGAAAUUUUGGUGGUGGAGGUUUGGGUGGAAUAGGAGGUCUUGCUGGUUUGGGUAGUAUGUUGGGAGGUGUUGGUGCUGGUCUGGCUGGUGCAGGUGGUAUGAUGAUGGGAGGCAACAACCAAAGUACGGGACACAGUGUUCUUAUUAUAUCUAAUCUCAAUGAGGAGAAAGUCAAUACAGAUUAUCUAUUCACCCUUUUUGGAAUGUAUGGUAUGGUGACCAGAGUGAAGAUCAUGUACAAUAAGAAGGACACAGCGUUAGUUCAAUUCAGUGACCCUGCUCUUGCAUUGAAUGCUGUUAACUGUCUUGACAAAUUGAAGUGGUACGGUAAAGUGAUGAAAGUUUCAGUGUCAAAGCACAACUACAUCCAAAUGCCCAAAGAGGGACAGGCGGAUGAGGGUCUGACAAAGGAUUAUACCAACUCUAAACUGCACAGACAUGCUAAUCCAGGAUCCAAGAAAUACGGAGCAAUCAAUCCACCCUCUGCUGUGUUACACAUUACUAAUAUACCUCAAUCUAUGACUGAAGAUGAAUUGAGAGAUUUGUUUGGCAAAUGUGGACAUGUUGUGGGUUUUAGAUUUCUUGAAAAUGAAAAAAAGAUGGCACUGUUAAAGAUGGAAACCAUUGAAGACGCCGUAGCUGCACUUGUGGAAUUGCACAACUAUCAACUUCCAGGACCCCAGUACCUGAGGGUGUCUUUCACCAAAUCUAAUUUAUAAUCGUUUGAUCCGGUUAUAAUAUUUCCUUUGUUGUCUCUCUUGGAUCAAGAUUAAAACUAUUCUAAUACUAAUUUUUUUCUAUUCUAGUUGAAUACAGAUUUACAACUAUCAACGUUUUUUUGUUAUACACAUACAGGCGUAUGAUGCAUAUAUAUAUAUAUAUAUAUAUAUAUAUAUAUAUAUAUAUAUAUAUGUAUAUAUACUCAGCAUUAUCUGUCUUGUGGUUGAUGUCGUCAAUGUUCUAAAAUUUGUUAUCUAAUUAUUGAGUCUUAAAUACUUUUCUGUAAUUUGCGAGGUUCUUAAAAAUGUGCAGGCACUCAGCAGCCAUCUUAAAUCUGGAAUUCGCUAACGUUUGCUUUAAAUUUCUCCGUUGCUGUUAAUUUUAAUUGAGUUGAUUUAUAGAUUACUCAAUGUACAGUUUAAAUUAACAUGUAUAUUUAUUUUAAUGCACAUUGUAAAAAUUGUUAAGUUUUCAUUUUGCUGGAAAAAAUAUUAAUCUCGAA